CUUUUGCCUGAGGCACGGGCUUAUUAUAAACACAGUGGUCAUAGAUCUCUGCUAACUUGGGUCCUGCUGAGAAGCUUCUCACAGUCCCUUGGGAAAAGAGAUUUUAGAGUCUGAACUCUGAUAUUCAAUUCCUUAAAGAAUGUUCCUUGAGAUGAGGGUGUUGCUGCAUGAAGAAGAGGGAGAAAAGUAGGGAGCAGUGGGUGUCCAAGCAAACAUGAUGCUGCUGCCAAGUGGGCCCGUGGCUGUCCCAACGUUCUCAAGUGCCAGCUCCAGAGCUUUAUCAUCUGUUCCAAGAGCGUCCUAGGCAACAAAGCUUCCAUCAGCCAGGAAGAUGCAGCGAGCAAAGCUCCAUCAGACUUCGCUUCGACAGCUCCACCUGCCGUGUUCUACAGACACCUCCUCGGCCUCACCCACCCUGCAGGAAGAGAUGAAGGAGACAGAUGGCAGCCUCCUGGGUGACCCCAGCCAGACCCCUCUGGGCAAGAAGGAGAGCACCAAGUGGCAGAAACCCCGGCUGACCCGCAAGGCCCUAAUGAAGUGCUGUUUGGUGAGGUGGAUCCUGUCCAGUGCUGCCCCACAGGGGUCAGAUAGUAGUGACAGUGAACUGGAGCUCUCUGCUGUUCGCCACCAGCCCGAGGCGUUAGACCAACUCCAGGCUCAGACCAAGUUUACCAAGAAGGAGCUGCAGUCUUUGUACAGAGGAUUCAAGAAUGAAUGUCCCACUGGCUUGGUGGAUGAAGAGACGUUCAAGCUCAUCUACUCCCAGUUCUUCCCUCAAGGAGAUGCCACCACAUAUGCACAUUUCCUCUUCAAUGCCUUUGAUGCAGAUGGGAAUGGGGCCAUUCACUUUGAGGAUUUUGUGGUGGGUCUCUCAAUUUUGCUGCGAGGAACAGUCCAUGAGAAGUUGAAAUGGGCCUUUAAUCUCUAUGAUAUUAAUAAGGAUGGAUACAUCACAAAAGAGGAAAUGCUGGCCAUCAUGAAAUCCAUUUAUGACAUGAUGGGUCGUCAUACCUACCCCAUCCUGAGGGAAGAAGCCCCACUGGAGCACGUGGAAAGGUUUUUCCAGAAAAUGGACAGGAAUCAGGAUGGAGUGGUUACCAUUGAAGAAUUCCUAGAGACUUGUCAAAAGGAUGAAAACAUCAUGAGUUCCAUGCAGUUAUUUGAGAACGUGAUCUAGAAGAAGAGGGAGGCAUUCAGCUGCCACCCUUCCUAGCCUCCUCCUCAGAAGUCCACCUUCAUACUGAUAGGCGCCACUAUCACAAGAAACUUUUUUUAUUACUGAUUUCCAAAAACAAAAAGAAGGAAAAAACCAACAAAAGUUUAAAAGUUUGCUACACACAUACAUAAUAUUCCCCUAGACUUGAAGAGGGAGAGAAAGAGAUGGAGAGAGAGAGA